UCUUCUGCUCAGCCAAAAUCGCAAAAAAGAGCACUAUUCCGUCCCAGAGACUCUAAAUACACAACAUGUCCUCGGAAUCUUACAGGACCGUUCUGAGCUCGUGCAGGUGUUUUGGUCCACUGAAGUGCUCGAGGGAAAACUUACAGACUUGCAUUCAACCACAUUCACCAUCGUCCGUCAAACGCGACUACCAAAACCACAUUAACGUCACAAGGGGACGGAAUCAUCUGCUCCGAAGACAUGCCCCUCGGCCUCCAAUUCACAGUAACCUAUCGAAUCAUCACCCAGGAAAACUCUCAGAAGGAGAGUACCAGUGAAAAUGAGCCCGUCGAGGCCGAAUCGACAUUGAAUCUCCUAAACUCGACCGUUUACCUGACACAGCACCGGCUGUACUUGGAAGAAGAGAGAAGUGUGCUUGCACUCAAGCCGCUGUCCAAGAUUAUGGCUUUAAUUGAAGGGCCAAUUGCGAAAACUCAACCCUUGACAAUGGUUUUAGAGCAGUUGUAUUGGAAUGGAAUGGAUAUGGCGUCUGCUUUGGCAAUCCUGAAAGGCUCAUUAUCGCCUGAUUCGCACGAAAGCUGGAAAGCACAAGGAAGAAUGAAUGACAGAAUCAAUAUGCUAUAUGUCUAUUAUAGUGUACUUCAUACUCAGAUACUUUCUCCAGUAUCUGUAUUCAUACAGCAAUCACCAAGCAAUGGUACCAGUGUCAGACCUGUGCGGCUGGAGGGUGCUAUAGCUGCGAAAUGCAUGGCGAGGCCAAGAGGAGUAGACCUCUACAGUUUGUGUAUCUCAUUCCAUAUUCCAUAAAUAUCUUGUUCCAGAUGAUUUCAGGACUCGUUUGAUUGUGAGACAUGACAUUGGUUCGCCCGAUAAAAUCUGCUUCUUAUCCGAUGAAUUGCAGGUUGUUCAGGUCUAUCUUGAAACAGCGGAACCUCUAGACUGGCUCGCCACGAGUGCCGUUGAAUAUGUCGAUGUUGGUACAUUUCAACUCAGGGCUUUGAACUGGAGUGCGCCCUUUCAAUAAGGCUAUCUUUCGAAAAAUGCCUACCUCCGUCGGAAAAGAGACGCAUAGCCUUCGACCAGUUUGAAAAGACCUUCGGUGACACUGCUAUAAAUUAUUCGCAAAGAGAUUACAAGGGAGUCUCCAGUUAUCAAAAAUGC